UAUUCGUGACAAAACACUGACAAUAGGGUUUUGAGUGGGCUUUCACUGGAUCAUUCCCUCAUUGUGAAUCGACUCUCGACCACUGAUCUCCAUUGUUGAGCUGAAAAAUGUUGGACAUCAAUCUCUUCAGGGAAGACAAGGGUAACAAUCCCGAACGGAUCCGCGAAUCUCAGCGCCGGCGAUUUGCCAGUGUCGAGAUUGUUGACGAGAUCAUCCGCCUUGAUAAGGAGUGGCGACAGCGUCAAUAUGAACUCGAUAAUCUGCGGAAAGACUUCAACAAGAUCAAUAAAGAAGUUGCUCGUCUUAAAAUUGCCGGUGAAGAUGCGACAGAGAUGAUAAAGAGUACGGAUGAGAACAAGCAGUCGGCGGCAAAGAAAGAUGCCGAAGUUCAGGAAGCUAGAGCAGCUUUAUAUUCAAUGUUGGAGACAGUAGGGAACCUUGUGCAUGACUCGGUUCCCGUCAGUAAUGAUGAGGCCAAUAAUCAAAUAAUUCGAACUUGGGGUGAGAAAAGAGUGGAGCCAAAAUUGAGAAAUCAUGUUGAACUUGUUGAGCUUCUUGGAAUUGCAGAUUUGAAGAAAGGUGCUGAUGUAGCUGGAGGAAGAGGUUUCUACUUGAAAGGAGAUGGCGUUCUUCUUAAUCAGGCAUUGAUAAACUUUGGACUUGAAUUCUUGAGAAAGCGGAAUUAUACACCACUACAGACUCCAUUUUUUAUGAAAAAAGAUGUCAUGGCAAAAUGUGCUCAGCUAGCUCAGUUUGAUGAAGAACUCUACAAGGUGACUGGUGAGGGAGAUGAUAAGUAUCUGAUUGCUACAGCUGAACAGCCACUCUGUUCUUAUCAUCAGGAUGAUUGGAUCCAUCCUUCCCAACUACCCAUAAGAUAUGCUGGUUAUUCGACUUGCUUCCGUAAAGAAGCUGGCUCUCAUGGUCGAGAUACUCUGGGUAUUUUCCGAGUCCAUCAAUUUGAAAAAGUGGAGCAGUUUUGCAUUACCAGUCCAAAUGGCAAUGAGUCGUGGGAUAUGCAUGAGGAAAUGAUCAAGAACUCAGAGGACUUCUACAAGGAGUUACAUAUCCCCUAUCAAGUUGUGGCUAUUGUUUCGGGAGCCUUAAAUGAUGCAGCUGCCAAAAAGUAUGAUUUGGAGGGGUGGUACCCCGCAUCCCAGACAUACAGAGAGCUGGUGUCCUGUUCGAACUGUACAGACUACCAGUCUAGAAGAUUAGAGAUUCGAUUUGGGCAGAAGAAGAGUAACGAACAGGUAAAGCAAUAUGUUCAUCUGUUGAACUCGACACUCACUGCAACAGAGAGGACCAUUUGUUGCAUCCUUGAGAAUUAUCAGAAGGGAGAUGGUGUUUUUAUUCCAGAAGCCUUACAGCCCUACUUGGGUGGCAGGAAGGAAAUUCUUUUCGAAACUAGUCCAACUCCAGAAGCUAAAGGGAAGAAGUCAAAAUCCUAACUCUCCAUCUCUCCAAUUAAUGCUUAAAAUCUGAAAGGGAAACGAAAUGCCUACCUAUAUUAUUUGUGAUGUAAUUGUUGAGAGUUUGUGUUGUAACCCAACACUGAUAAAGCUUGAAAG